UCUCCUGCGCCCACCCGCUUUGCGACACAACACAGCACAACAACACGAAGCCGGGGCGAAGCCGAGCCAAGGAGGCACCAGUCACCAAAUCCAUCAUCGCUAUGGGAAUUACAGCACUAACGCAAAGCGAAAGGCUUUUCACAUAUAACUCAAACCUCGACCAUCUCCCUGAGACUGACUAUAAAAAGGGGAACGGAGUUACUAGCACUUGCCAGAAACUGUCUAGUCAGGAGCGCCUGCAUAAUGCGGAGGUCGUCUUGAUACGGAGGUGUUCCACCUUCAUUAGGAAAAGUCACCUCUCUGUGGACCGGUUUAUAUUUUGAUAUAAAUUGUUGGAUUCAAAGAAGAUAUAACAACAACAAAAGACAACAAUGUCCAUCACGUGGACAGUAGCGCUUUUCUUCACUCUGGUUAAUGAUGUCUUGGUCCAGGCUUUAACCUCCAGCCCAGGCACAGAGGGGUCUCUCUCCCCCCGGCACUACCGCCACACCGACCCUGACACAGGAACCCAGCUGGUGUGUGAUAAAUGUCCAGCAGGCACAUACGUGUCGUCCCACUGUACCAACAGCAGUGUGCGAGAGUGUAUGGAGUGUCCAGCAGGCACUUUCACUCGGGGUGAGAACGGUGUUCAGCAGUGCCAUCGCUGCAGAAGUCACUGCCAAGCUCCUUCUGUUGAAAAGUCUCCUUGCACAGCUACUUCAGACCGUGUAUGUGUGUGUCCACCUGGUACCUACGUUAAGGCCGGAGAGUGUUCCCCCAUCCCAGUGUGCCUGCCCGGUUGGGGUGUGCGCAAGUUAGAGGAUGUGCGCUGCCGCAGAUGUCCGCGUGGCACCUUCUCUAGCGUAGCCUCACGUGCGCUCAAGUGCCAAACACACACAGACUGCCAGGUGCUAGGAAUGCUGCUUCUAACCAAGGGCACUGACAAGACAGACAACGUGUGUGGAAACUCAUCUCCAGGCCCCGUCUCCACCUCCUCACACAGCCAUGACCCUGAACCUGGCGUCUGGCCCUCGGACACAAUUGCGGAAUUAACAAAUCCACAAACUACCCUUGGCAUGGCAGACAUCCUGACCCCCACAAGCCCCUCAGAUGAAGCAGGAUUUCUAAAUUCUCCAACACCGGACACCUUGUCAUCAUGGAAUCUCCUGCCAGCUAAUCAGCAAGCUCUGUCUGAAAGGAAGAGCCAGGGUCUGUCCUACAGGCCCAUCAGGAGAGGCUCGCCUCGACCGAGCAUGCACAAGCACUUCGACAUCAACGAGCACCUGCCCUGGAUGAUCGUACUGCUCCUGCUGCUGUUUCUUGUGGUGAUUGUGGUGUGCAGUGUUAAACGCAGCUCACGUGUGCUAAAGAAAGGGCCGAGGCAGGACCCCAGCAGCAUCGUGGAGAAAGCCAUUCACAAGAAGCCUAGCUCUCCUGCUGGACACAACAAGGAGAAGUGGAUCUACUACUCCAACGGCCAGGGUGUUGAUAUCCUAAAACUGGUGGCAGCUCAGAUUGGUAGCCAGUGGAUCGACAUGUACCAGACCCUGGCUAAUGCUAAUGAGCGUGAAGUGGCUGCCUUCUCUAAAGGCUACUCAGCUGACCAUGAGAGAGCGUACGCCGCCCUACAGCACUGGACCAUCUGUGAUAGCGAUGCUAACCUAGCCAAGCUGAUAAACGCCCUCCAUCAUCACCGGCGCAUUGAUGUGGUGGAGAAGAUCCGUGGUGUCAUGGAAGACAAUCCUCAGGUCAGCUGUGUGUGGGAAAAAAAAGCUUCGAGUCUCCAACCUGUAGCUGGAUUCGUGUGUGUAUGCUGUGGCUGCUGGAGUCAAGAGAUGAAAUCAAUCUACCUGCUGACAUUCACAGCCAUCUUGCUAAUGAAAACGUGUGUUGUGGAAACACUAGGAUUCCUUGAAACAUCGGCCUUGGCUGCUGACCUAAAUUCUAAAGAUGGGCAACUCAAUCACGUAAGACAAAAACGAGCAUCUAGUUCAUAUGCACUGGAAUACAUCGUGGUUGUAGAGAUAAAUGUUUCUGAAGUGAUUUUGAUACAGCAACUCAAAUCAUUCAGUCUUCAACUAGACAACACCACUAAAAUCUCCACUGUGAACAUAACAACCGUGUGCCAAUUAAACAAUACUGGAUACCAGUGCAGGUGUGAGGAUCAGUAUUUCUGGCCAUGUGACAAGUGCAUGCAAUAUGGCCAAUGCAACGGCGCAACAAUGUCCUCAUGUUAUUGCAUCAAUGGUGUUCCAAAUGACGGAGAGUUCUGCCAGCCGCUAGCUGACAUGUCAAGUGGAAGUACAUGUCCGACUCCAGCACCACCCACAGAGACCACAAAUUAUAUGUCAAUGACAUUAGAUGAAAAGUUUGACAUCGCACUCACCAACCAAAACAGUGAGAAGUACAACAAAUCUAAAAACAUUAUGGAGAAAGCGAUUGAUAAAAGUUAUCGAAACAUGGCUGGCUAUGUACCUGGCUCUGUAAGAAUUCUCAGGUUCAGGCCUGGCAGCAUAAUUGUAGACUUUACGAUUAACACAACCACAGAUAAACUUGAUUUUAAAGUCGCAAACUCAGAGCUCUCACAAAUACUUACUGCAGAUGGAUUCAACAUUAAUGAAAAUUCAUUUGCUUAUAGUGAGGAGUAUAACCUCACCCAAAACUCAGGCAAAAUAUAUCCUCUGCAAGAUGUGCUGUUAAACUGUACUCUCCUAACCAGUGUAACGGGGACCAUACGAUGGCGAGCGAAUGGAGUCGAUCCAUUUCUAAAUCCUGUUAAAUAUACCAUACUUAAUAACAACCGCACGCUUACAGUAAAAAGUGUGAGUGCAGCUGACAGUGGUACAUAUGAAUGCAUAACUGAAACCAAUUCACUGAGGAAUAUCCAGUGGCAAAGAAUUGUGAUUCAGCCAUUUCCCAAUAUCCAAGUAGAUCCUGAUAAAAUGUAUAAAUGUGACAAUUUGUCCAUACCACUGCAGUGCUGUGCCCAAAGCAGCUAUCUGAUUGAGUGGACUAAUGACUUCCAGUCUCCACUGACACCUCCAGGUCAAGGGUCAGGCUGCAUCAUAUACAACUACACUAUCUGGAAAAAGGAUUGUGAGGCCGAGGACAAAAAAGUCACUUUUACAUGUCGACUUUCAAACACCAGCCUGAGAAGAUUUAAUUACAGCUCUGCAAGCAUAUCAAUAAACAUAACCCGAAGAGAAUUCAAAUGCGCUGAUAGCAGCUUUGGCGUUGGAACUGUAAAUCAGACAGCGUUCAGACAAUGUGACGGAGCUCAGAUCGGCAUUCAGUGGGCAGUGUGUAAUACAACAGGGCAGUGGAGCAUAAUAUCUAACAACUGCACCCUGCGGGUCAUCCAAAACCUGGCAGAGAUGGCUGAAAAUUUAGAAACACAAGAUGUCCCGAUGUUUGCUGCUAAUCUCAGUAAUGCUGCAGAAAAUAACGCCCAGAAUAUAACCACAGUUCCUGUGAAUCUCUUGAAAGUUGUUGAUUUACUCAGCACAAUUGCUUCUAUUUCAAAAACACAAUCAUUCACGGUUGACAAAAACACAAUGGAGGAUUUCCUCAAAACUGUGGAUGUCAUUACAUCAGACACAGCCCAAGUAACAUGGAAUAGUUUCAACAAUGACAAUACAAACAUGAUCGCUAGCUCUGUGCUUCUUCAGGCAAUCGAAAAUAUCGGAAGCAGUCUCUCCAAUGACAGCUUUUUCAUAAAAACACCAAAUAUUCAGCUUAUGAGGAAUUUGAGCAAUUCAAUCCAUGAAAUGUUUAAUGCAAAUUCCUCUUCUAAAAUAAGCAUUGCAGAGACAAGCAAACCUUUUCCAGUCACCGUCAUUGUCUUCUCUGCCCUUAACAAUGUGUUACCUGUUCGAACUGCAGCCUACAAUGACAGCGGUGAAACUCAAAACAGCAUCAAUGCAGACGUGGUUGUGAUUGAAGGAGACUCAACAAUAAACAACGUCUCCCUUUUUUAUGAAGUUAAAAAUAAGUCAUUAGGAAACCCACAGUGUGUCUUUUGGAACUUUAGCCUUUUAAAUGGAAUUGGUGCAUGGGACUCUACUGGAUGUGAAAUAAAGCCACUGAGUAAUCAAACUGGAAAGUUAACAUGCGAGUGCAACCACACAACAUCUUUUUCUAUCCUGAUGUCACCAUUUUCUCCGGAUAAUAUGGCCCUGGCCUAUAUAACGUACAUCGGCGUAGGCAUUUCAAUUGGCAGCUUGGUUUUGUGCCUCAUCAUUGAAGGACUUAUCUGGAAAGCAAUGUCAAAAAAUGAUACAUCUUACAUGCGCCAUAUCACCACCAUCAACCUUGCUCUGUCCCUCCUGAUUGCAGACAUAUGCUUUAUUAUUGGAGCAUCAAUUGGAAAGGAAGGGCAGAAGACACCAGUGGGUCCCUGCAGUACAGUGACAUUCUUUAUCCACUUCUUUUACCUUGCUCUUUUCUUCUGGAUGUUACUGUCAGCUCUCUUGCUUCUCUACCGCAUUGUCAUAGUCUUCUCCAGAUUGUCCAGGACAGUGAUGAUGACCAUAGCCUUUACUGUCGGCUAUGGAGCUCCAUUAAUAAUUGCUGUCAUUACUGUCGCAGCAACAGCCGGAAACGGAGGAUACAUUCAAGAAGAGAAUACUUGUUGGCUCAACUGGUAUGAAACUAAGGCGAUACUGGCGUUUGUGAUUCCAGCCCUGGCCAUCGUGGUUAUAAAUCUCCUGGUGCUUAUUCUGAUUGUAUAUAAGAUACUGAGAAGUGGAAUUGGUACCAGCAUUCAGCGAGAUGAGAAACAUGCCAUAGUAAUGAUUGCCAGGUGUGUGGGCAUCUUAACUCCGCUCUUUGGUCUGACUUGGGGAUUUGGGAUUGGGACCAUGGUGUCACCAGACUUUGGGAUUCAUGUUGUGUUUGCAGUCCUUAAUUCACUUCAGGGCUUCUUUAUUUUAGUUUUUGGAACUCUACUGGACCAUAAGAUCUUUGGGGUGCUUGUAGGAAGAUGGAGGCAGAAGACCAUGAGCUCUACCCAUUCUGGGAACACUGUUAGGGGAACAUCAUCAGCUAAUAGAAGGGGUUACUAUCACAUCUUCCCAAGGAGAUAUGGCUACAAUUUUUCGACAGCUACCUAUUCAUCAAAUGUACCUUCAAGCAGCACGGAAACUUUUAAAUUCACUGACAAAUAAUGCAAAUAGAGCGUACCUUCCACAUGACUUCUACGGCCUGACUUGAGUCAAUUCCAUUUAUUUUAUUGUUUAUUGUGCCUUAAAUGCAUGAUCUAAUUUGCAAACCAGAAAUGAUUUAUUACAUUAAAGGAAAACUCACCUGAUUAUUAUUUUAUAUUUGUGAUUUACAUUUGAAUUAUACUUACUGAUUUAACUUUAUCAAUAAAAAGCUACUGUAAUG